AUGGAGGCGCACUCGCAAGAGGCGCACGGCGAGAUGCCCGACUCACAGCACCAAGACGCAUCAAACAAUGCGCCCUCGCCCGCGCCUGCGCCCGAACCCGAGCCCGAGCCCGUGUCCGCCGCAAAAGUGCCUACGCCCAUAAUUGCGCCCGAUACGGCCGUCGACCGCUCCUCAGAGGACAAUGUUGGCCCUGCUGUUCGAUUCAAGUCUACCGUCCAAGAAAUCGACCCACAUCAUCCUUUGUCUGAAUCAGCAGCCCCUGGCGGCGACAAUGCCAGUGAAUUCGUGACGCCCGAGGAUAUCAGGUCUCUUUCCAAGUCGCUCCAGGGACACCGUCUACAAGAACGGAGAAUGACCAAUUUCGCCUUUGAGCCGUACUCGUUGCCGGCCUCCAGAACUGUCUCCCAUGAUGACGAUUCCAGAGACGCCAGCCGACAACAGACGCAAAGUUCGACAAGUAUCCCCUCUCCUCGCCUUGGACCAAGAGGGGCCGAGGUGCAAUCGCCGCCUUUGACACCAGCAGGCACGGACGGCACGUCGGAAACAAAGCCACUCGAUCCUGCUAGAGAUUCAGAAAAGGUGGCUCACAAGCGCGAUGUCAUCACCCCACAAGAGUCUGGCCAAGAGACGUCCCCACAACCUGCUACCAGGAGGCUUCCCCAUCGACAAUCGUCCGAAGAAGGAAAACGAUCUACGUCUGAGUAUCUGGGUGCGUCAGACCACAGGAAGGGCAUGUUUUCUGUCGGCCCAGGGUCACUACCAGUGUCGAGGGAAUCCAGCCCAAAUCGUGCCUCAGCGUUCUACUCCCGCCCUUUCACGCCAUCUGGAGAUGCCGACAACCCAUACGCCGCCAGCAAGCGCCAGCCCCAAGCGAAGAUUGAGCCAAGAUUCGUCUUUUCCCGUAAGAAGGGGAAGAUUUCGCCCAGCUCGUCGACAUUGAGCCUACCAAAAACGUCUACUGAGAAGCGGCAGUCGUCCGGACUUCUGAGUGCCCUGGGCAAGAAUAGCGACAUGUACCAGACAGACAGCCACGGGACAACACACAGUCGCCAAGGUUCUAUGUCAGAUCUGAAGCGGUUCUUCAAGAUGGGCGGGCAUCACAAGGCGAAGCGAGCAGCGUCCCCAGCGGCCAGCAUUCGCUCAGGUUACAGAACCCCACCGGGCUCGAGAUCAACUUCGCAAAUACCGUUUGGUGACGACCACGGCCUGACGUCCAAGUAUGGAAAGCUGGGCAAGGUUCUCGGCUCCGGCGCUGGUGGCUCGGUGAGAUUGAUGAAGCGGAGCGAGGAUAAUACCGUCUUCGCGGUGAAAGAAUUCCGCCCACGGCAUUCCUACGAGACAGAAAAGGAAUAUGUCAAGAAACUGACGGCUGAGUACUGUAUUGGAUCUUCUCUGCACCAUGGGAAUAUCAUCGAGACCCUGGACAUUGUACAAGAAAAGACCAAGUGGUUCGAGGUCAUGGAGUACGCGCCGUACGAUCUGUUUGCCAUUGUCAUGACGGGCAAGAUGUCACGCGAAGAGGUAUCAUGUUGCUUCUUGCAGAUCCUCAGCGGCGUUACAUAUUUGCACAGCAUGGGCCUUGCUCACCGGGAUUUGAAACUCGACAAUGUUGUGGUCAAUGAACACGGCAUCAUGAAGAUUAUCGACUUUGGCAGUGCACAUGUGUUCAAAUAUCCUUUCGAGAACAAUCUUGUUCUUGCUUCAGGAAUCGUCGGCUCUGAUCCAUAUCUUGCUCCGGAGGUUUACGAGGAGCGGAAAUAUGACCCAGCGGCUGUUGACAUAUGGUCCUUGGCCAUCAUCUACUGCUGCAUGAGUUUGCGCAGGUUUCCCUGGAAGGUCCCGCGCCUGACCGACAACUCCUACAAACUCUUUGCAGCAGACCCGACUCCUGGGCACGACCCAAAGAAGCUGAUCCUGCCCCCAGUCAAGUCAGAAAGCGCAUUGCACGACAUGCCGCAGAGAGACAUGUUCCCGCACGACCCUGAAGACAAGGGCAAGUCCGGCCAGAAUGGCGACAAGGCUUCUCACCGCGAAGAGAAGCCUUCCGGCGAAGCGUCGACGUCGACGUCGACAGGCGAGAAAAAGGAGGUAAUUCGCGGCCCUUGGAGAAUCCUGAGGCUGCUGCCAAGGGAAAGCCGCCAUGUCAUUGGUCGGAUGCUUGAGAUAGACCCGAAGAAGCGGGCCAACAUGGAGGAUAUUCUUGAGGAUAAUUGGGUGAGCAACACUGUGAUCUGUCGGCAGUUGGAACAGGGGAAGGUGAUAAAGGCCGACGAUCACACGCACGUCUUGGAGCCCCCGUCUAGCUCGAACGCCACCAAGUAG